GUUCCUAUUCGGUAUAUAACCCAUCACUCCCCUCCCCAACAUCCUCAAACAGAAUUUGCAGUUAGUAUCACUCUUUCUCUAGUUCUUGUCCCUCACUUUCAUAUAAUUUUCAAACAAUAUACGAAUUCAAAUAUACAUAAGUAUAUUCAAAUAACAUGCCAGCUGGUUUGGAGCCUCUGGAUAUCGGCGUGCAGAUUCCUUACUAUUUCCGUUGCCCGAUUUCGCUGGAGCUCAUGUGCGACCCGGUAACCGUUUGUACCGGUCAAACUUACGAUCGCUCCAGCAUUGAAUCGUGGGUGGCCACCGGGAACACCACGUGUCCGGUCACCCGGGCCCCACUGACGGAUUUCACGCUUAUUCCCAACCACACUCUGCGGAGGCUGAUUCAGGAAUGGUGCGUUGCGAACCGCUCGUUUGGUGUGGAGCGGAUUCCCACUCCGAAGCAGCCUGCCGACCCUAUUCUGGUUCGGUCUCUGCUGAGCCAGGCCUCGUCCGGAUCCGGUUCGUUUAGCGUGAGGCUUUCGGCUCUGCGGCGGCUCAGAGGCUUGGCGCGUGAAUCGGAGAAGAACAGAUCUGUGAUUGCUGCUACCGACGCGCGUGCGAUUUUGCUGUCGAUUGUUUUCGGCGAUGCUGGGGCGAUUCCGACGGAAUUGAAUCUGGAAUCGGUUGCGAUUUUGGCGAUGUUUACUCUCUCUGAGCCGGAGUGUUUGUUUGUGGCGAGUGAUUCGGAGAGGGUGAGUUAUCUGGUGAAUUUACUGUUCCAUUCGUCGAUCGACGUGCGAGUGAACUCGGCGGCGUUGAUUGAAUCGAUUGCGGCGGGAUUGAGGUCGCCGGAUCUCCGAUCGCAGCUGAGCGGAGCGGAGGGGGUGUUUGAGGGGAUCGUCGGGCUGCUGAACUACCCGGCGGCGUAUCCUAGGGCGGCGAAGGUCGGGAUCAAGGCGCUGUUCGCGCUGUGCCUGGUGAAGCAGCACCGCGAGCGGGCGGUGGCGGCGGGGGCGGCGGAGGCGCUGGUGGACCGGCUGGCGGAGUACGAGAAGUGCGACGCGGAGAGAGCGCUGGCGACGGUGGAGCUCCUGUGCCGGAUUCCGGCGGGGUGCGAGGCGUUCGCGGCGCACGCGCUGACGGCGCCGCUGCUGGUGAAGACGAUCCUGAAGAUCUCGGAUCGGGCGACGGAGUACGCGGCGGGGGCGCUGCUGUCGCUGUGCUCGGCGUCGGAGCGGGCCAAGUGCGAGGCGGUGGCGGCGGGGGUGCUGACUCAGCUGCUGCUGCUGGUGCAGAGCGACUGCACGGAGAGGGCGAAGCGGAAGGCGCAGACGCUGCUGAAAUCGCUCAGGGACUCGUGGCCCCACCACGACUCCAUCGCCAACACGGAUGAUUACGCCGGAAGCGACGUCGUUCCGUUUUGAUUUUACUGUUAUAUUUUUUUACUAAUUCUAACUAGCUUAAAAUUUAAAUUGCAUUUUUAAAGGGGAAAUAUUAGUUAGCAUGAUUUGAUUUGAGAGGGUUAGUUUAGGCCUUAGGGCGUACAUGUAUGUAUUUGUAUCUAUCUACUCUUCUUUGGAGAGAGUUUUGGAAGAAUGGAAAUGAUUUGUUGGUGAUUGUAA